AUGCAUAAUUCUUAUAGUUCUGGCUUUGAUAAUGACUCAAAUAAUGCAGAAUUACUUAAAAGACCUUAGCAUCAAUAAUCCUAACUGCCUAAACUGCUGCAACUGCCUUCUGACAUAAAACCUCCAACCAUAAACUCACCUAUUAUCAACUGCCCCUCUCCAUUCACAGAACCAUUAAGAUCAUUCAUUUCUUAUAGGGAAAGUGGAUUCAGUCAAUUUGAUUAGUGUAGAAAAGCUAAAACUUUAAAUGAGAAUUCUGAAGGAAACGAUGCUAAAAAUUUUGACGAGCCAGGGAAACCUAAGAAAAGUUAGUUUAAUUAAGCAAUGCGAUCUCCACACAAGCAGCCUCUUUAUUCUGAACUCAAUCAAACAGAGUCUGUAAGUCGAAACUUAUUUGACAAGAAGUUUGUUAAAUAAUUUGCUUAAGCUCUUCUUCAAAAGGCAUACAUAUAUCGCGAUAAUUAUUUCAAUGGUUACUAAAAAUAAUUAUUAAUUGAAAAUUAUUUAGAAAAUAAUCUUCAUUACACAAUUCAUGAUGAAAAGAAUAAUAAUCAAAUUCACCCUGUAUAUUUUCUUUUUUCAGAUAUGAUCGUUAUAAUUUGUAUAAUAAUAUUGGGUAUUUGGCUUCCCUACAAAAUAAGCUUUAAUCAAGAAGCGAACCUUGGUUUUGAAGUAUUGGCCAUCCUUAUAAUUGUUUUAGAUUUAGGAUUAAAUUAUUUCAAGCCUUACAUUUCAGAAGGUAAUUUUGUUAAAUUCCACAUCAAAUAUUAGUUAUAGUUUAUAAAACGUCAAACAUUUAUUGACAUUUUUUAUCUAGUUGCAACGAUUUUAUUAGUAUUUGUAUCUGCAAAUUCUAUUUUGAUAUGGUGCAUAUUAUUAUUUGAAAUUGCGUGCGGAGUUUAGAAGCUGAAUUUUUUAAUUUUUAGAGUAAAUGAUUUUCUGCCUUUUGAUAUUGGGUAUUACAAGAUAUUUAUGAUUGUAUUAUAUGCAAUUCAUAUAUGUUCGUGCUUCUGGUAUUUUAUAGGACUAGAAAAAUAAAACUCUUGGAUCAUCACAAUGAAUAUAGAGGAUGAGGAUGAAUGGACAAAAUAUUGUUAUGCAAUUUAUAUCAAUACAAGUUUGUUGCUCAAUAUUGGACAAGGAUUAGUACAUAUUAAGACAAAUGUAGAAUUGAUAUAUUCAACAAUCGCUAUGUUUAUAUCUUGUUGGUUGAUUGCAUUUAUCAUAAAGCAUACUAGUUUUAUGAUGAAAAGACAAUAUCAGAAUUACAAUAGUAAUAUUAAGUAAAUGGAAUUAAUAAAUAACUUUUUGUCUAAAAGAGGGAUUUCUUUAUAGAUGUCAGCGAGAAUUAGAAAUUAUAUUCGUUUCCUCAAUCAAUAGGAUAAAAAUGAUGAUUAGGUAAUAUUAUUAGAUACAUAUAGAUAAUUAGAUGUAAGUUCUCAUGUAAUAACUAUCACCGGCAAUAAAAGAAGAAUUAUUUCUCUAAAUGAGGAUCAAGGCUUUAUGUAAUUGUAAAUCCCUGUUCAAAUUUUCAAAAAAUACACUUGAGAAUUUAACUUAAAUUAUGGAGUAUGUUAAAUUUAAUCCAAACGAAUUUGUAAUAUAAAAGCACAAGUAAGAUGAUAAUUCUUUGUAUAUCAUUGAUUCUGGUGAAAUUUCAAUACUAGAUUAAAAUACUCAUUUGGCGAAACUAUCAGCAGGAGACUCAUUUGGGGAAUAUUCAUUCUUUUCAGGAGAAUUGAGGUAGGCUUCUGCUAAGACGAAGGGAUUUGUUUCCCUUUAUAAGAUUGAAUAAUCUAAGUUUGUUCAAAUGAUCCAACAGAACAAGAUUGAUCAUGAACGAUAUGUGUUUAUAAAGCACUCUCUACUGAAUCAAUAAUUUAGAGUUAUUAACAUGUUUUGUUACUCUUGUAGAGCUUCAGAUCACUUAAUUUCUAGAUGUCCAAUAUGGAGAUAUACUCCUGAUCUCGAAAAGGUAUUCAAAUAAGAAAACUAUAAUUAAUAAUGCAGAUCUAACUAUUCGAGGUCACAACCUAAAAUUGCUAGAAGAGAAUUUAAUAGGAUAUUUUUAAGAUUGAUUGUAAAAACUAUUUAUAUCUUCCUAGUAAAAUUAUGAUGCUCUAAAAAUAUUUAGAUUAAAAUAUGAUAUAAUAUAUGAUGAUGAUGAGGACGAAGACGAAGAUGAAAGUUAAGAAGAUGAAUUGGAAUCGUGUUCAGAACUCAGCGAUGAUUACUAAAGUGACGAAGGUUAUUCUGAUAAUAGACUAGUAGACAAAUAGGAUGGGUACUAAUAUGUUACUAUUCUAGAACAAUUGUAAGUUUACUAAGACAACAUGAUUAGAUCAAAGAACCUACCAAAGUAUUAUAAGAGAUAGACGAUGAAAAUGAUCAAAUGUUUAUCAUAAGACCAAACAACCAAAAAGGCACAUUAAAUACUGCACAAUUUUAAUAUUAAGCAGAUUUCUAAUAACAACAACAAUAGUUAUAUAAGUUUUCAUUAGUACCAUAAGAGCCUUAAAAGAUUAAGAGAACAUAAACUCCUUAAGACCCAUUAUAACCUUAAUAAUAUGUCCAAACAUCAACUUCAUCCUAAUUAAUUGCUAGCGAAGUGCCAAUUCCAUCGGUCAAAAGAAUCAAAAAUACUCCCCAUAUAACGUUUAAAGGAGACACAGACAGUUAAUAAAGCCAACAAUAAUCAUAAAGGCUAAGAUCCAACACAAAAACUAGGACGCAUAGCAAUAUUGCUGAUAAAAUAAAGAAGAAUUUAUCAAGAAUAAGGGAAGAAGACUCAGACACCUUGAAUUUAUCAAAUAGAUAGCAUUCAGAGGAACAAGCUAGUUCUCCAUAUGGAAGACAGUUGGGAAGACAAAGCUAAAGUUCAUCAUAGGUUAGAUAAUCAAUGAAGAGAUUUUCAUCUAAGUUGUCAACUAUACCUAUCAGAUAAGGAACCAUAACUUAAUUGAGAUCCACAGUAAGUCCAAUUAUUAGGUCUAAUAUUCACAUUCCAACAGGAGUAGGUAUGGUUGAUUUAAGCAUGUACAAAAGAGCUGAUCCAUAAUCUGAAGAAUUUGAGAGAAUGUACUCUUACAAUCUAUAUUAUCCAAUUGAUAACUACUAAAAUGUAAUUAAUAGAUUAAACUUAUUUUUGAGAUGGAGAUUAUCUAGAUUUAUUCCAUCAAAAUAUACAUUUGCUUUUGAUGUUAAGCGAAUAAUGGAGAAAAUUAAUAAGACUAUAAAAGUAGAACUAAAAUAAUAUUGA